UCGGAUACAAACGCUUGGCCCGCUCAGAAGCUGCAUGUUAGUAGUGGCGCAACUAAACAGUUCACGCAGAACUAUGAAAACCGCAGUGGGGAAUGGUGAUGCAAUGCCCUGUUCUGGAUGAAUAAUGGGAAAAGAAGAAUUUUGAAGUAAUUGCGUUAUUUAUUUAUUUAACUUUUCACAAAACCUGGACAUAUUUCAAUGUCUGAUAAGGACACGCGGUUCGACGGAUUGACUUUUCAAGCAGGAAUGGCCACCGCAAGGCUUGAUUACGUCGCUCCGUGGUGGACAUACUGGCUGCACAAUUUCCCUCACUUUAGUUUCUUUUUCCAGUCAGUCGACAACACUUUCAGACCGGAGGAGGCGAGCUAUCAGCAGUCUCUGAUAUUUCUAGCAUGUGUUGGUGCGGUGGGUCUGGGUCUGAGUCUGCUGGUUUUGGCAGUAUGCCUGGUCUGCCUGUGCUGCUGCCGCAGGGACAUAGAUGAAGACACCAAAAGACCUGAUACCUGCUGUCUCACCUGGUCUGCUGUCAUCACAGGCCUGCUCAUAUGUUCUGCUGUAGGAGUGGGUUUCUAUGGAAACAGUGAGACCAACGAUGGGGUGUACCAGCUGACCUACUCACUGUACAAUGCCAAUCACACAUUGGGUGGCAUCAACAAUCUGGUUGCGGGAUCUCUUGGAAAUGUUCAAACUGGACUUAAGCAGCACCUGGAACGACUGGAUGAAAUCUUUGCUGCAAGGUCAGACUACCUCCAAGCUCUGCGCUUCAUGCAGCUAAUGGUCAACAACGUCAUCCGUGAGAUGACCACCCUGCCGGAUAUCAGCAAAGCCAAUGUUGACUUGGCAGCCAUCGCUGACCAAACAGCUUUCAUUGAGUAUUACAGAUGGCUGACCUAUCUGCUGCUGCUGAUCCUGGAUCUGGUCAUCUGCUUGGCCAUGUGCCUAGGGAUGGCCAAGCAGUCUCGAUGGCUUCUCAUCACGAUCAUGGCUUUUGUCAUGCUGUCUAUGAUCCUGAGCUGGGCCUCACUGGGAGCGGGCACCGCUACAGCUGUGGGCACCAGUGACUUUUGUGUGUCUCCAGACAAGUUUAUUGUCAACCAAACCAAGGAUUUCCUCACUGGAGAUGUUGCACACUAUUAUUUGUUCUGCAGCCCGAAUCUACCAAACCCAUUCCAACAGUCUUUGACAAUCUGCCAGCGUUCUCUGACCACCAUGCAAAUCCAGAUCCAGGGCUUGCUGCAGUUUUCGGUGCCUGUCUUUCCCACUGCUGAGAGAGACCUUUUGGGGAUCCAACGAAUGCUGAACUCCACUGAGUUCAGUCUACACCAGUUAACAGCCUUGCUUGACUGCCGUGGGCUACAUAAGGACUACCUGGACGCUCUAAUGGGUGUGUGCUAUGAUGGGGUGGAAGGGCUGCUCUACCUCUCUUUGUUUUCCCUGCUGGCUGCCUGCGCACUCUCUGCCAUGCUGUGUGCGAUUUUCAGAGUGUGGAUAUUAAUGGGCAGCAGGGACAAAGAGUAUGACGACAUAGAUGAAGAAGACCCAUUCAACCCCCAGGCGCGGCGGAUAUCCUACAACCCCAGAAGGUCCAACAUCCACAGUUUCUGUAGUUAUACCAGCAGCCUCGGUAGCCAGGCCAGCCUUCACCCACCUCCGCAAUCUGCCUCUAAUGCUGUCCCACCUCCUGAAUACAUGAAUCAGUCCAUGCUGUUUGGAGGGAGUCCUCGGUAUGAAAAUGUGCCGCUCAUAGGGAGAGGAUCCCCACCUCCCUCGUACUCGCCCAGUAUGAGGACCACCUAUCUAUCUAUGACUGAUGCCCAGAUCAGACACUUUGGGACUGACUUCCAGGUGUAACCUGCAAAUGACUGAAUCCUUUCCAGAGAAGCACUGUCUGAGACUCUGGCUUCUUAUCAAAGAGGCUGUCUUUAUGGCGUACUCCUGUUUAUGGGAGCUGCAGCCACAGUCCCAAUCUGAGACGAUCAUGAAAGCAGGCCAUAUCAGACAAUGACCUCAGUAACACACUGAUGCAGUGCUCUGAAAGCCCUGCGUGCAGUUCUGAAUAGAGACAGUUCAUCUCAGGACUGUUGUUGAUGUCAUGAUGUAUGGAAACACUUGCUCUGAUGUAAGCAUUUCUAUGAGCCAAAUUAAGAGCUUUUGAACUGAUUAAAUGAAAAAUAUUUGUCGCUUUAACCUAAAUUCUGGUGGCCUGCAUGGAUACAAUCAUCAUUAAUGCGGUCAGUAUUUUGAUGAGAAGUUGGAUGGCUGAAUAUGACUCAUAGACUUUUCAUCACCGCACUAUGAAUUUUGCAAAAGUCCCAUCUCUCUGGUGGAAACAGAACUCCUUUGUGUAAUUUUUUAUUUCUGAUGCUACAUUAAAACGAAGCACCAUUUUUUCCAACUUUUCUAAAGAAGAAAAAAAUAAGAACUACAUCAUAUAUCGAGUUUUGUUGUAAAGAGCCAAACGUGCUACUCGGUUGAUAUUUGUGAUCAAUUUUAUUUUUCUCUCACCAAAUAACUGCCACAGGUUAAAGCAUCUCAUUGUUUUGUAUUCAGUGCAUGACCUGCUGAUCAGGGAUGAGUCAAUGGUCAUAGCCGAGGGAUUUACUGUUAUAUUGCUACAUUCCGAGACAAAUAGCAGCUGCAUGUGGGUAAAUUCCCAGGCCAAAAUCAGCACAACAGAAUGUGAUUUAAUUCACUUCCAGGCAUUUAUCAUCGUGAUGUGAAUCUGAAGAUAUUGAAUGAAUAUUGAUAUGAAGUUUUUACUCCACCUACCCUCAGUAUCCCAUGAAUAAGAAAUUCUCAUUGUCUUCAGUGUUGUUGAGAUCUACUGUAUGCUGUUUUCUGUGUUGGAUAAUGUAUCAAACUAAAUAAAUGUUUGACUA